UCUCUACAGGACAAGUCGUUUCACGUCGUAGCUCGCUCGCUCGCUUGGCGGAUUCCACAAACAAGGCAGCAUAAAUGCACGCAGAUACAGUACGUCCCAAGGAAAUGAGUUAGGAUUUGUCAAGUCAACCGGAUGCGCGCGUCCGGUGGAGCGAUGCAAGCGACAGUGCUCGCUAUAUAACGAGCUCCGUCGACGCACGGCGAGCCAAGGCACAAGACCCAGAAGUGGAAGCAAGCACCGCAUGCAUGGAUCCCAACGACGCCUUCUCGGCGGCGCACCCGUUCCGGUGGGACCUCGGGCCGGCGGCGCACGCCGCGCCUCCACCGCCGCUGCCGCCUGCGCCCCUGGUGAACGCGCCGAGGGAGCUGGAGGAGCUGGUGGCCGGGUACGGCGUGCGCCCAUCGACGGUGGCGCGGAUCUCGGAGCUCGGGUUCACGGCGAGCACGCUCCUAGGCAUGACGGAGCGCGAGCUCGACGACAUGAUGGCCGCGCUCGCGGGGCUGUUCCGCUGGGACGUGCUUCUUGGCGAGCGGUUCGGCCUCCGCGCCGCGCUGCGCGCCGAGCGCGGCCGUGUCAUGUCCCUCGGCGGUCGCUUCCAGACUGGGAGCACCCUCGACGCCGUCUCACAGGAAGUGCUGUCAGACGAGCAGGACGCGGCGGCCAGCGGCGGCAUGGCCGACGACGAGGCGGGCAGGAGGGUGGUGGCCGGCAAGAAACAGGCGAAGAAAGGGAACGCGACGAGGAAGGGCAAGAACACGGGGAGGAAGAAGGAGCUGAGGUCACUGGACGAGCUGGAGGACGAGAACGAGGACGGCGGCGGCGGGUCGGAGUCGACGGAGUCUUCGGCGGGCGGCGGCGGGGAGAGGCAGCGGGAGCACCCGUUCGUGGUGACGGAGCCCGGCGAGGUGGCGAGGGCCAAGAAGAACGGGCUGGACUACCUGUUCCAUCUGUACGAGCAGUGCCGCGUCUUCCUGAUCCAGGUGCAGUCCAUUGCUAAGCUGGGCGGCCACAAGUCCCCAACCAAGGUGACGAACCAGGUGUUCCGGUACGCGAAGAAGUGCGGCGCGAGCUACAUCAACAAGCCCAAGAUGCGGCACUACGUGCACUGCUACGCGCUGCAUUGCCUGGACGAGGAGGCCUCCAACGCGCUGCGCCGGGCGUACAAGGCCCGGGGCGAGAACGUGGGCGCCUGGAGGCAGGCGUGCUACGCGCCGCUCGUCGAGAUCGCCGCGCGCCACGGGUUCGACAUCGACGCCGUCUUCGCCGCGCACCCGAGCCUCGCCAUCUGGUACGUGCCCACGAGGCUCCGCCAGCUCUGCCACCAGGCGCGAGGCAGCCACGCCGCCGUGGGCAUCCCGCCGCCCACGAUGUUCUAG